AUGAAAUAUCACUCUCAUCCAGAGAAUCUAGAUGAAGAUGGAUAUACUCAAUUAGACUUCAGGACUCGAGGCAUCCACAAAAGACCCGAAGGAUCAGAGAAAGGAAGCCAGGCUUCAUCUCCUCCUUGGCGGCCUAUUGUGGUGGCUUUGGGAAUCCUGUGCUUGGUUGCACUAGUGGUUGCUUCCGUCCUGGGUGUCCUAGCAUUUUGGAGAUUCAAUUCAGGGAGAAAUCCAGAGGAGAAAGAAAACUUCCCGUCAAGAAAUAAGGAGAACCACAAGCCCACAAAAUCAUCUUUAGAUGAGAAGGUGGCUCCCUCCAAGGCAUCCCAGACUACAGGACAUUUUUCUGGGCCUUGCCCCCCUAACUGGGUCAUACACGAGAAGAGCUGUUAUCUAUUUAAGAUGUCACAAAAUUCCUGGGCUGGAAGUAAGAGACAUUGCUCCCAGUUAGGUGCUCAUCUACUGAAGAUAGACAACUCAAAAGAAUUUGAGUUCAUUGAAAGCCAAACAUCUUCUCACCAUAUUCAUUCAUUUUGGAUUGGCCUUUCCCGUAACCAGACUGAAGGACCUUGGUUCUGGGAGGAUGGCUCACCAUUCAUUCCCAACUCGUUUCAAGUCAGAGAUACAGCUUCCAAGGAAAGCUUACUGCACAACUGCGUAUGGAUUCAUGGGUCAGAGGUCUUCAACCAAAUCUGUAAUAUUUCCACAUUCAGUAUCUGUGAGAAGCAACUAUAAAUGUAAGAAUGGAGAUGAAGAAGAGCUAAGAAUGUGAGAAUGGAAGGAUGGCACA